AUACAGCAAUGGAACUGCUUCGAUCUGAAGCAUCACAAGACGUCGUCUCCUUUCUAUUCCUUCCGUAGCAAGAAACGAUCGGUUGACAGAGCUUGAAGACGCAUCGAUGGCGGAGCACGAUAACGGCGUGGAAUCCGACGGCGAGAGGAAGGCCGCUGCAGCCACCCACAACCUCGGAUCCCUCCUCGCCACCGACCGGCGGGACUUCCUCCUCCGAAACAACGGCGAUCAGGUAAAGAUUAGCGAACUAGAUGGUAAAGCUGUUGGUCUUUACUUCUCAGCUUCUUGGUGUGGACCCUGCCAAAGAUUUACUCCAAAACUAGUUGAGACUUACAAUGAGCUAUCAUCAAGAUGCUGCAAGUUUGAGAUUGUUUUUAUCUCGGCUGAUGAGGAUAAAGAAUCUUUUACUGAUUACUUUUCUGAGAUGCCAUGGCUUGCUAUUCCCUUUGAAGACUCUGAUGUCCGUGAUAACCUCAACGAUUUGUUUGAUGUUGGUGGGAUACCUUAUCUAGUGGUCCUUGAUGCUGAUGGGAAAGUUCUGACUACUGAGGUUGUUCAGAUUGUGAAUGACUACGGACCCGAGGCUUAUCCUUUUACAGCUGAAAGGAUUCAAAAGUUGAAAGAAGACGAACAGGCUGCAAAACAGAAUCAAACUAUUCAAAGCUUGCUUGUCACCUCCUCUCGUGAUUAUGUCAUCUCAAAGGAUAAUCAUAAAGUGCCUGUUUCUAACCUUGAAGGAAAAAUUGUUGGUAUAUACUUCAUGAUUAGCUCUUUCACUUCAGGUGAUGAUUUCACAAAACUACUUGUGGAGAUGUAUCAAAAGCUGAAAGAAAAUGGUGAGAACUUUGAAGUUGUCCAAAUCAACUUGGAUGACGAUGAAUCAUCUUAUGACCAAGGAUUCGAGGAUAUGCCAUGGCUUGCUAUUCCUUUCAAGGACAAUAUCUGUCAUAAACUAGUCCGCUACUUUGCGCUAGAAACAAUUCCUACGCUGGUUAUAAUUGGUUCUGAUGGAAAGACUGUACACUCUAAUGUAACUGAACUUAUAGAAGAACAUGGGAUCGAGGCAUAUCCAUUCUCUACUGAGAAGUUAAAGGAGAUUGCAGAAAAAGAGAAGACAAAGAUGGAAUCUCAAACUCUCCUAUCGCUUCUUGUUUCAGGGGAGCAGGAUUAUGUCAUUGGAAAGGAUGGUGUUAAGGUUCCAGUGUCUGAACUUGUCGGUAAGCAUAUACUCCUUUACUUCUCAGCACAGUGGUGUCCUCCUUGUCGUGCCUUCUUACCCAAGUUAACUGAGGUAUACCACAAGAUCAAGGAGAAGGAUAGUGCUUUCGAACUUAUAUUUGUGUCAAGUGAUCAGGAUGAGAGCUCCUUCAAUGACUUCUACACAGAAAUGCCAUGGCUAGCACUGCCCUUUGGAGAUGAAAGGAAGAAGCUUCUGAGUCGCACAUUUAAGAUCUAUGGCAUUCCAUCACUUGUGGCCAUUAGCCCGACCGGUAAAACCAUCACCACUGAAGCAAGAGAUCUGGUUUGGGCUCAUGGCGCCGCUGCCUAUCCUUUCACCAAGGAGCGAAUCCAGGAGAUUGAGUUGGAGGUCGAGGAGACGGCAAAGGGUUGGCCUGAGAAGCUUAAGCACGAGCUACACGAGGAGCAUGAACUCGUGAAGAGUCGUCGCAAGAGUUACAUUUGUGAUCGUUGCAAUGAUGAGGGAAAUGAUUGGUCCUUUUACUGCAAUUCUUGUGACUUCGAUUUGCAUCCGAAGUGCGCACUAGAGCAUGAUACAGAGAUCACCAACACUGGUGAUGGUGGUGAUAGUGUCAAGGAAGGAUACAUCUGCGAUGGCGAAGUGUGCUAUAAAGUUUGAAGUCGAUUACUUCUCUCUGGCUCUAUGGGAGCUGUUUAAGAUCUUUAUUUCUUGUGUGAGAUCUUGCUGGUGUUCUACAACUUUAUUAUCCCUUGUAAGUUAUUAGAAUUCUCUUUGAAUAGCUAUACUACGGUAUCAUACAGAAGGCAUAUCUGUGUAUCUGCUAUAAAAUUGGUAAUAUCACAUGUUCUGCAUUUCUUUCUGUU